ACGUUUUAUUAACAGAUAUAUGCUUUAAAGUGUUAAGAAUGUGCAAAUACUUCUUAUUCUCUUUGCUUUGUGUUAAUUUUUCGAUAACAACAUCACAAUUCAUUAAGAUUUCUUCAUAAACUGAAAAAAGAAGGUUGAAACAAACUAAAAAGAAUUCCACAUACUACGGAGGACCUUGAAAACUUUAAAAUAUUGGAUUAAUUACAGUCAUUUUAACAUGACUCUUAACUGUCAAAAUGACAAGAAUGUGUCAAUUUAUUUAUAUUUUAAAUCGAUAACAGAUGUCGCUGUUAAUUAUUCUUCGUAAGCAUUUAAUUAAAAUUGUUAUUAAAUGUCAAAACGAUUGUUUUAGUUAUUUUUUAAAUAGAUGUUCCUGUAGCUUAGUUACAUUCUUCGUAGGUAUUUAAUUAAAAUUGUCAUUUUAAGAGGAUUCUUAAAUGUCAAAAUGACAAGAAUGAUUUAGUGAUAUUUUAAAUCGGUAACAGAUGUCGCUGUAACUUAGUUACGUUACAUUUUUCGUUGGUAUUUAAAUCGUUUUUAUCGUUUCUUGAGAAUUUAAUGAAUUAUUCCAUUAUAUUGCACGAUUUUAUUACGAUUUUAAAGCGAUUUUCUCACGUAAAGUUAUAACUAUUAUUGCAGCGCUCCGCUUUUGUGCUACGUUUUGCGCAGAAAAAAAAUCUGCGAAUUAAAAAAUUGCAAUCAGUGUAAUUUCUCCCUAAUUAAAUAAUAUACGUAAAAAUAAUCGUGUGUGAUCAUAAAUUAUUAAUCAUCGAAUAUCCUGUUAUUGGAAUAUAAAAAUAAAUUGAUAUCUUUAAGACGUUAGUUUUAGGAAUUUCAAUCUCCACAGUUAUCUUAUCUUUUAAUAAUUUCUUAUCGACACAUAAAGUGUACGAAAUAGUUCUAUUAACAAGUAAUAUCAUUUAGAAACUGUUGUAUUAGUAUCAUUACAUGCAAAAAACAUGCUUUGCCUGAAGUGUUGCUGUUGGAGUAGGAAAAUGAAUGUUACAGCUCGAGUUUUUAAUCCACCUGAUGAACCAGAGAAGCCACCUGGCGAACCAGAGAAGCCACCUGCUGAACCAGAGAAGCCACCUGUUAUAAAUCCUCAAGUUGUAGAUGAAAGAAGACCUGGAAUUAGAGAACAUAUUCCGUUGGAUAAUAAUGUUGAAAUUGAGGUUACGCCAAAAAGUGACCACGACAAAGAAAUCAUCAAAAAGGCGAUAUCUUCAAAUGAAUUCUUGGAAAACAUCCUUCAAGGAAAAAUUUUAGAUGUAAUUGUAGAUGCGAUGUAUUCCAAAGAAGUCGCGGAAGGCGAAGUGAUUAUUCAAGAAGGCGAACCUGGAAGUAAUAUGUACGUUUCCGAUCAAGGGACGUUCGAGGUUUACGUUAAGAACAAAUUGGUCAGCUCAUUUAGUGAUCAAAAAGUUUUCGGGGAAUUGGCCGUUUUGUAUAACAAUAAACGAUUAGCGACGAUUAAAGCGAUCACGAGCGGAAAGAUUUGGGUUUUACCGAGAGUUGUCUAUCAACAAAGUCUUAUUAAAGAUGCAAUGCAAUACAUGAACGAAACGUUUUCCUUUUUAAAGAAUGUCCCGAUGAUUAAUAAGUUGAGAGAGGAAAAAUUGAGGAUAAUCGCUGAUUUGUUGAAAAAAGAAGUUUUUAAACCGGAUACGGUUAUUGUUAAAGAAGGCGAUGUUGGCGAUAAAUUUUAUAUUAUUCGAGCUGGAUCAGUUACUGUCACGAAAAAUGGUGAAGGAAAAGUUGGAGAAUUAGGUAAAGGUGAAUUCUUCGGAGAACGUGCUUUAUUAUAUUCAGAUACAAGACAAGCCACUGUAACAGCUCAAGCACCAUCUGUUGAAUGUUUAACAUUAACUCGUACUCAAUUCCAAGAACAUUUCGAUCCCAACCUCUUAAAAGUUGUUGAUGAUAAAAUCGAAGAUGUUCAGGAACAAGAUAAAACACCAAAAAGAGAAAUGCCAUCAACAUCGGCGGGAGGGGAAUAUUCGGAUAUAAAAUUAGCUGAUUUAACAAUGAUAGCAACGUUGGGUGUUGGAGGAUUUGGUCGCGUUGAACUGGUACAACAUAAAAAGCAAAAAGAUUUAACGUUUGCAUUGAAAUAUUUAAAGAAAGCUGAUAUGGUUGAGCAAUCCCAAGUUGAGCAUGUUUACAAUGAACGUAAUAUUCAAAUUAAAUGUAAUAGUAUAUUUAUUGUGAGGUUAUACAACACUUUUAAAGAUCAAAAAUAUUUAUAUUUUCUGAUGGAAAGUUGUCUCGGUGGUGAUCUGUGGGCUUAUUUGCAAAAGAGAAAGAAUAAAUGCGUUUCAGACCAAGACGCAAGAUUCUUCGCCGGAUGUGUUUUAGAAGCGUUCGCUUAUCUCCACGAAAGAAAAUACAUUUACCGCGAUUUAAAACCGGAGAAUCUUUUAAUCGACGCACAAGGAUACAUUAAAUUAACCGAUUUCGGUUUUGCAAAACAUUUAGGUGAUCAAUUAAAAACGUUUACAUUCGCCGGAACCCCCGAAUACGUCGCACCCGAAAUCAUUUACAAUAAAGGGCACGAUAAAUCAGCUGAUUAUUGGACGUUUGGUAUUUUAAUUUUUGAAUUGUUAGUGGGAAGAACUCCGUUUAGAGCUGGGGAUGAUUAUAUGAAAACUUAUAAUAGAAUUUUAAAAGGAAUUAAUGCAGUUACUUUUCCUCAACACGUUAGUCGUAGCGCAGUGAAUAUUAUUUUGAAACUGUGUAGACCAACUCCAACGGAACGAUUGGGACUCCAAAAGAAUGGUAUCGAUGAUAUUCGAAAUCAUAAGUGGUUCCAAGGUUUCGAAUGGAACAAAUUGAGAAGUAAGAAAAUGAAGGCUCCUUACGUUCCAAAAUUGACAAGUAAUAUUGAUGUUAGAAAUAUUGAUUCGUUUAAGAAAGAUGACGAUAUUCCUCCUGAUUCGACGGAAUUUGAUCAAUUUUAAAAAUAAUUUUAUCCAAAAAACUUAUUCGUUUUGGCAAAUCAUAAGAUUUAGGGAUUUUUGGUUUGUUGGAUACUUACUAUGUCAACUUAAAUCAUUAUUAAAAGUGAGGUUAGGUUUGCUUUUACUAAAUGUCAUCUAAAUGUCAAAUAAAGUUAAGUUUUUUAAAAGUGUGCAAACGAAUAGUUUUAAUGAAUUUAACUUUCUUAAUG